UAAUUUCAGAGUGCUCGGACAAAAAUGGUAAAUUUUGGAAAAUGAGUCAGGGUCCAAGCUACAGGCGACAAUUCCCUGCAGGAGAUCCACUUGGUCCUACUAUAGAAGACAUAAAAAGAGCUAAACAGUUGAGAAAUAAGACAAGAUUCCAGACUCCCUACGGCUUCAAGGAGCAGAAGUUUGGUCGUAAAAUCUGGCAUAGAUAUCCUAGAACAUUCGUUACUGUUGGAACCAUCCUUGGGGUCGGGGGAUUCUUCGCUCCUUUUAUCCUGAGAGCGUUUGAGCAGCCAACCCCGGAGCAGCUGUUUCUAGCGGAGCGAAGGAAACAGCGGAUGAUAGACGCAGGAAUCUGGUAUAGACCUCCAUCUUUAUUCAAGGGUUGGACAACUGAACAGAAGGAGGAACCAGAGAAAUCUAAAUAAUUCCGAGCUAGGGUUGAACCAAGCCGAAUUCUAAUUCCGGAAAACAUUUUCGAAAUUUGUUUAAGAUGGAAAGUGUUCUAGCUGCCCGUGCUCGUCUUGCAAAGUAUCCUCUUCUAAUUGCGGAGUGUGCUCCCCAGGCUGCCAGCUACGGAAAGUGUGUCGGGGA